AUGAUUGAGCAAGUGAUUGAUGAUUGCGAACUCACUGUCCUCAACAACGGGGAUUUCACGUUCAUCACCAUGCCAGCGGAAAUAGAUCCUGCAUCGAUAUCGCCUGUUGCUCACCCGAAGCUCCAACAACAACGACAACGGUACGCCCCCAGGUGGAAAAUCGACGAAGCAGAUUGGACAACAUACCAAAGCUCCGUUACAUUUCAAGAAAAAGACAGCGCAGACAAACAGAUCGAAGAAAUUACAAACGCAAUCAUCCAAGCUGCCGAAAAGGCCAUCCCCAGAUCCAGUGGAAUACCGCCGAAAACAAUGGUGCCAUGGUGGAACAGUGACGUCGCUGCAGCAGUUAAAGGCCGCCGAAAGGCGCUGAGAAGACUGAAGUCGCAAAGCCAAAUAAAAGUGGACAAAAGCCAGUUAGUGGAAGAAUUUAGAAGGGCACGCCAGAACGCCAGGGAGAUUAUCAACGAGGCACAACGAACGUCGUGGAAAGAAUUCGUCGGAAGCUUCAAUGUCCAUACGUCAUCUGCGGAUCUCUGGAGAAACGUCCGAAACAUGCAAGGGAAGAACAGCCAAACACGCAUAAACGCAAUUAAAAUUGGAAGAGAGACAGCGAAAAACGACCGCGCUAUCGCCGAGGCUCUUGCAGCUCAUUUUGAAAACGUCUCUAGCAGCAAGAAUUACCCCCCUGCGUUUCAAGACUACAAAAGAACAGUAGAAGCAACACCAUUGGACAUCCCCAACCUAGCAGCCGACUACAAUAAAAAAUUCUCGUUAUACGAGCUGGAAGAAGCUCUGGAAGGAACCAGCGGAUCGUCACCUGGACUUGACAACGUCCACUAUAAAAUGAUAGACAUGCUCCCCCACGACUGCAAAACCCAAUUACUAGCUGCGUAUAACAGACUAUGGUUUGAAUCUGCAUACCCGGACGACUGGACCAAAUCCGUCGUUGUACCAAUUUACAAAGGUAAAGGAGAGCGAACGAACCCGGGAAACUAUCGGCCAAUAUUUCUAAAUAGCUGCUUAGGAAAAGUUUUCGAGCGUAUGGUAAAUAAUCGGUUGGUACACAUUCUGGAGUCAAAUGAACUACUUCAUGAACACCAGUACGCUUUUCGUAAAGGAAGGACAACGGUGGAUCACCUAGGCGAAAUGGACAUCACAAUACGACAGGCUUUGAACAAAAACGAAUACGUACAGGCAGUCUUUCUAGACAUUACGAAAGCGUACGAUACAACAUGGCGCAGAUUAGUGCUUGAGAAGCUGCGUAGCUGGAACAUUGGAGGAGAGAUGUUACGGUACCUGUACAAAUCCCUGCAGAAAAGAACGUUCAGAGUUCGAGCCAACGGCCAGUUGUCAGAGGAGAAAAUUAUGGAAACAGGUUUAUGUCAGGGAUCAGUUCUCAGCGUUACCCUGUUUCUCGUAGCCAUCGACACGAUCAAAGAAAAUUUGCCCGCAGGAGUAAAACUACUGUUAUAUGCCGACGAUGUCGUCCUGAUAGCAUCAGGGACGGACCAAAAAAGAGUAACUGCCAAUCUACGAAAAGCCCUAUGCGAAAUCCAGAAAUGGCAGCAGCGUUCAGGUUAUCGUAUAUCAGCAGAAAAAAGCGUCACAAUGGCAUUCAGAAAACCUAAAACCAGAAGAAGUGGCGAAGCGAACAAGCUACGGUUAAACAACCAAACCAUACCGCGAAGAAAUCAUUAUAGAUGUCUGGGGACGGUAUUAGACGAAUGCUUACAAUUUAAAACGCACGUGGAGGAAUUGAAAACAUCGGUCCAACAACGACUAUUAGUAUUGCAGAGCGUGGCAAGAAGAAACUGGGGCGGAGAUAGAACCACACUCACAAAAAUAUACAAGGCGUGCAUACUGGAAAAAAUCUUAUACGCAGCCCCAAUAGUAGCAGCGAUGAGUGACACAAAUACCAAACUACUGGAAACAGUUCACAAUCGUGGACUGCGAGCAAUAUGUGGUGGCUUCCACACAAGUCCAAUAGCGAGUCUUCAAGUGGAAACAGGUAUCCCCGGUCUUCGUACACUACUAGAUCAAAGAACUGCGAUCUAUACAGCCAAACGAAUGGCUAAGGACGAACAAAUAAGAAAGCAGCAAAUUGAUAUCAUGACCAGAGUCGAAUCUACAGACCCUGAAGACAUCCUUGACGACAGCACAAGCAACCCUAGCUCGGGAGAUCUAUGGGACAACAGACCAGCACGAAGUUUAAACACCGUUUUGACUCGAGGAGCAGAAAUAAUAAACGACUUAGGCAUCGAGCUGCCUCCAAUCAACAUCCUUUUAAAUCCAAAGUGCCCACCAUGGAAUAGGACAAAACUACCGGUUGACAAAUUUUUACUGCACUGUCUGAGAAAUGGGGCAUCGUCAGCUGAACUAAGCAUGGAAUUCGCAAACAGGAUUGCUACACGAUACCGAUUCUACCGUACAAUAUACACCGACGGUUCGAAACGAGGCUCCAGAUGCGGAUACAGCAUGGUCACCAGAGAAACUGUAAUCAGGAAACGAAUAAACGACAUGAGCAGCAUCUUUGCAGCUGAAAGUCUUGCUAUCCAAGAGGCAUUAUCAUGGGUGGCAAGUCAGGAACGGGUGGGGGCUUACCUUAUUUGUACAGACUCCCUCAGUGUGAUUACGGCAUUAGAAACGUACAAAAUUAAAAGUAAUUGGCGAGACGACAUCGCAAAUAGCUAUCGAAAAGCGACUAGCAAAGGGACGGCGGUUCAUUUCUGUUGGGUACCAAGUCAUAGCGGCAUUCAUGGCAACGAGAGAGCCGACAGGGAAGCCAAGCGAGCUCUAGAACAACAAGAAGUGUUAAACAUCGCCAUCGACAUAAAGGAGAUUAAAAGGGUGAUGAAAACGGCAUCUUUAUCGAAGUGGCAAUCAGCAUGGAUAGUUACAAGAAACAACAAACUAAGGGAAAUUAAAAACUCUGUUUUGCCGUUCACGGAAGCUGUUAUCGGUACCAGAAGAGAUGACGUAGCACUAGCGAGACUACGUAUUGGUCACACGAAAUUUACCCACCAGUACCUAUUAGAAAAGGAAGAUCCACCCCAUUGCCGAAGAUGCAACGCGCGACUGUCGGCGGAGCGUAGAAAGUGGCUAGCAUUCUGUGAGCUUCCGGAAGAUUUCCAAAUACUGGGAAGCCAUCGUUUGUGCAGUUUGCAUUUUGUCGAAUGCGAUUUGUAUAUGGAUUCCAGCGGUAAGAUUCGGAAAAGUGUACAUGCUGUUCCCUUCUACAAAACGGUUGCCCAAGUCAGCCAACGCAGGCGUAAACGCAACGAUUCCGUCAUGGACGAUGUCAAUGAAUUUGCGACGAUGUUGAAAACGAAAAAAAUAUCGAAGAAUUUCGAUGAAAGCGAGUGUGGAAGUGAUACUGGAAAUUCGUCAGGAUUUUUCGAAGAUGGAGCAACUGGUUGUCAAUCACAGAAUAAGCCACAAGACAACAUAGAUUUUGAAUGUCUAUAUGAAUCUUCAGAGGAACUGACCUUGAAUGACAAUACCACUACUGAAGUAUAUCAUAGCCUUGCAUCGACAACUGAUAAUGGUCAACAGCAGAAUCAAUCUAACGCACAUACAAAACCAGAGUAUAAAAGAACAACCUGUUCCAACAACUGCGAACAGUGCUGCAAUAACAAACGAUUGUGGAACGACUUUGGUGUUCAGCAUACUCAAGCAACAGUUCUCAACAACAAUCCUAUUAAGCAUCCGACAUGUCCCCAACGAAUCUUCGAAGUAAUUCCUGACCCUGUUCACAUUUAUAAGAGCAUGAUUCAAGGAUGGAUUUCAAAUGAAAUUGUUGAGCUUCCUAGCUAG